GAAAAGUAGACAGUCGUAUUCUGUAAUUACGCGAGUAUGUGCACUUCAUUAGUCCGAGAUGCUGAUUGCAUAAUAGCGGUGUUUUUAUUAUGAUCGAUAGAUUUUUUUGCUUUAUUUAUUGUUAGAUCAAGAGGAGUGAUCAAUAAGGUUAUGACGAAUAACACGAUUGCGUAUUGAACGAAAAAAAUAGGAUGCUGAUGAAUAAUUAUUCAGGAUGGAAACGAGAAAUCUGGAGAAAUCCAGGGAAAAUGAAAAAACAAUUUUUGCAGCUUCAUGAAUAAAACUGUCUGCUCCAGAAUGCAUGGCGGGACACAGUACCCGAAGAAUAAACCAAUAGACGGCCAUCUGCUUCAUGUGAGUUUUGGAGAUUGUUGUUCGAUGGAGAGAAAACUGAAUGCUCUGGAGUUGACGAAAGUGAUAACUUGCAAUGAAGGCACGUUGGAGAGAGCAGGAGAAAUGAGGGUACGACCCCAACAAUCGAUUUCCUUGAGGCACCCCAUGUAUAAGUCAGUAUACGAAAUAGUAUAUUCAACUCUCUUCUCAGUCGUGCUAUCACCGAAUUGGAAAAAGCCAAUUUCAGUUGAGAUUCCUCUAUCACCGAUUCUAUUGUGGUACCAGUUCAAUCUUCCACGUAAUGUUGGAAUCGAAAUUCUUCAGACAGGGAAUGUAUUUUUCAAAUAAAAAUCACGGAAUCUUGAAAUACAGAGGGGUGGGAAUUUUUUUUUUGGGGGAAAUUCAGUCGUUGAGAUGAGAAUACCGUCGGGAGACCACCGGUCGAUUCGAGGCCAUAAAUUUUCGCCAUCUUGGGGACGAGCUUCAUACCUGGGGCGACCGAAUAUUCGGAAAUAUUUUCCAACGGAAUUCUACGAUUUUUCUGGCACUUUAGAAU